ACGUUUCGAAACGUUUGGCGGCCAUCUUUGAGUUUCUCAAAGUUUUGGUAAUUUUUAUAAUCCGGUUGCAUCUGACAUCUUCAGCUUGCAACCAUGAAACUUGUUAGGUUUUUGAUGAAGUUGAGCCAUGAAACAGUGACAAUCGAGCUGAAAAAUGGGACAGUUGUUCAUGGAACUAUUACGGGUGUUGACAUGAGUAUGAACACACACUUGAAAGCUGUAAAAAUGACCAUCAAGAAUAAGGAACCAGUUCAGUUAGAGUCACUGAGCAUCAGGGGUAAUAACAUCCGCUACUUCAUACUUCCUGAAAGUUUACCUCUAGACACUCUUCUAGUUGAUGAUGCUCCCAAAGCAAAGGCUAAAAAGAAGGAAGCAGCUGCUAGGGGAAGAGGCCGUCCUGCUGGUGGAAGAGGAAGAGGGCGUGGCAGAGGUGGAAGAGGAAGAGGAAGAAGAUGAUCUCACAUCUGGAUCACAAAGCAUCUAAUGUCGAUUUUCCAAAUGGAAGGAUCCUUGUAUUAUAGUGGCUUUCAAAAUCAUGUGAACUAAGGACACCUUUACUAGUCACCUUGAAUCCUAGCGAUGACUGCAUGAUCCAGUAAAUGGUGAUACUGAGUUAUAAAAUAACAAUGACAAUUUAGACAAGUCAGCUGUUUGUAAAAGUUUCUCAUUACACAUUGUUUUGAAAGUCACUGUAAUGAAGGUAGCAGUGUGCAAAGGACAGAACAAAGGAACCACAUAGCUUCAGCUUGGAGGAUAAUGAUAAGAUGGUUGUGAAGAUUUUACCUGAAAACAGGUCACAGUCUUGACACAGUUGAGGAGAAAGAACAGUCUCCUACAUUCCAAGUGUGCCUUCUUUUAUGUGGAAGUUGUUGGAAAAUGUAAAUAUAACUUUUGUACUGACUAUAAGAAAUAAAACUGUAGUAUAUCAGUGUA